AUGCGACAAUGGACGAGAACUGCGCACGCCUUUCUCCAGACAUGCCGUGCGGGCUCUCGGCGUCUGCUCCCACCACCAGCUAGCACAUCGCCCGCACUCGGCCUUCGAGCCUUUCGAACCACUCCCACUCCCUUUCGACCUGCCCAAGCCACAAGAGCCGAGCUCGAGAAGCGCAUCGCCGACAUACCCAUCGAACGCUUCCGCAACUUCUGCAUCGUAGCACACGUCGACCAUGGCAAGAGCACGCUCAGCGACCGCCUGCUCGAGCUCACGGGCACCAUCGAGCCCGGCGGCAACAAGCAGAUCCUCGACAAGCUCGACGUGGAGCGCGAGAGAGGCAUCACGGUCAAAGCACAGACAUGUACGAUGAUAUACAAUUACAAGGGGGAAGACUAUCUAUUGCAUCUGGUGGACACUCCUGGCCAUGUCGACUUCCGCGCUGAGGUCUCGAGGAGCUACGCCAGCUGCGGAGGAGCGCUGUUACUCGUUGAUGCGAGCCAAGGCGUACAAGCGCAGACUGUCGCGAACUUCUACCUGGCAUUUUCGCAGGGUCUGGAGUUGGUGCCUGUCAUCAACAAGGUGGACCUGCCCUCCGCGGACCCGCAACGAGCGCUUGAGCAGAUGAAGAAUACAUUCGAACUGGACACGGAGAAGGCAGUGCUGGUAUCGGCAAAGACUGGACUGAACGUCGAGGCUAUCCUUCCGAGUGUCGUCGAGCAGAUCCCCGCGCCUGUUGGUGAUCAUACAGCGCCGCUUCGCCUCCUGCUGGUGGAUUCGUGGUACUCGAACUACAAGGGUGUCAUCCUGCUGGUCCGCAUAUUCGAGGGCCAGGUCAAGGCGGGGGAUCACAUUCGAUCGUUUGCGACAGGCUUGAAAUAUACUGUGGGCGAAGUUGGCAUGAUGUACCCAGAUCAGACCCCGCUGUCGGUACUGCGCGCCGGUCAAGUCGGCUACAUCUACUUCAAUCCAGGCAUGAAGCGGUCACAGGAAGCCAAGGUUGGCGACACCUAUACUACUGUCGGCUCUGAAAAACUCGUAGAGCCCCUACCCGGCUUCGAGGAACCUAAGUCAAUGGUUUUCGUUGCCGCUUUUCCAGUCGACCAAAGCGACUACGAACAUCUCGAAGACAGCAUCAAUCAGAUAGUCCUCAACGACCGCAGUGUCACAGUUCAAAAAGAGUCCUCCGAGGCCCUCGGCGCCGGCUGGCGUCUAGGCUUCUUAGGCACCCUCCACUGCUCCGUCUUCGAAGACCGCCUCCGCCAAGAACACGGCGCCAGCAUCAUCAUCACACCUCCCAACGUCCCCUGCAAAGUGAUCUGGCGCGACGGCACCGAAACCAUCAUCACGAACCCCGCCGACUUCCCUGACGACGGUUCCGUGCACAUGAAAGUCGCCGAGCUGCAGGAGCCCUACGUCUCAGCGACCAUCACGCUGCCGGAAGAGUACAUCGGCAAGGUCAUCGAGUUGUGCGAGGCGAACCGCGGCGAACAGAAGGAACUUAGCUUCUUCACCGCCACGCAGGUGAUUCUUAAAUACGAGAUCCCGCUCGCGCACCUGGUUGACGACUUUUUUGGCAAGCUCAAGGGCGCUACAAAGGGCUAUGCUUCGCUGGACUACGAGGAGGCGGCUUGGCGUCGCUCGAACAUCACGAAGCUUCAGCUGCUUGUUAAUAAAGCCCCCGUCGAUGCCGUCGCGCGCAUAGUACAUACCUCGCAGAUCGAGCGGCUUGGGCGCGCUUGGGUCACAAAGUUCAAGGAGCAUGUAGAUAGGCAGAUGUUCGAGGUGGUGAUCCAGGCCGCGGCUGGGAGGAGGGUAGUGGCGCGCGAGACGCUCAAGCCGUUCAGGAAGGAUGUACUGGCCAAGCUGCAUGCGAGCGACGUGUCGCGGAGAAAGAAGCUCUUGGAGAAGCAGAAGGAUGGGAAGAAGAAGAUGAGGGCUGUGGGGAACAUCGCGAUUGAUCAGAAGGCAUUUCAGGCGUUUUUGGCAAAGUGA